ACCAAAUAGAUCUCGAACACUAUCAUUUAAAAGGAGUCAGCUUUUUGUUUGCAUCGGCCAUUCAUUCAUCAUCCCUAACCUUAGGAGUUCAACGAAACCCUAGAUUCGUCCCGUCGAAUAGCGAAGAUGCUGCGAAUUGCAGGGAGGAGGCUAUUGUCUGUUCAGCAGAGAUCUUGUACCGCGACCACCUUCGUCCUUUCCCGAGAUCAUACCAUCGACUCCUCUCCCGCCGCCCCCAGAUCUGCUCCCUCUGCUGAUCUUUCGUCUUUCAAUUCUUACCACCGGAGCCUUAUAAGAGGUUUAGCUUCUCAAGUCCUUACCCAAGGGAAUGAGGUAGGUUUUGCUUCGGAAGUUCCAGCCACGGUGGAGGCAGUCAAGACACCUAACUCAAAGAUUGUGUAUGACGACCACAACCAUGAGCGCUACCCACCUGGCGACCCUAGCAAGCGUGCCUUCGCCUAUUUCGUCCUCUCUGGUGGGAGGUUUGUCUACGCCUCUGUUCUACGCCUUCUUGUUCUGAAGCUCAUUGUCAGCAUGUCCGCAAGUAAAGAUGUCCUUGCACUUGCAUCCCUCGAGGUUGACCUCGGUAGCAUCGAACCAGGAACGACCGUUACAGUGAAAUGGCGUGGAAAGCCUGUCUUCAUCAGGCGAAGAACCGAAGAUGACAUCAAGCUGGCCAAUAGUGUGGAUCUUGGUUCUCUGAGAGACCCUCAAGAAGAUGCUGUCAGGGUCAAGAAUCCGGAAUGGUUAGUGGUGGUUGGUGUCUGCACUCACUUGGGAUGCAUCCCCUUGCCUAACGCUGGUGAUUAUGGAGGUUGGUUCUGCCCCUGUCACGGAUCACAUUACGAUAUCUCUGGAAGGAUCAGGAAAGGUCCUGCACCGUACAACCUGGAAGUGCCAACAUACAGCUUCUUGGAAGAGAACAAGUUACUAAUUGGUUGAUGAAUAAAAGCACAACAGGUAGGUCACACACUGUCUGUGUCUUAAAGAUCUUCACUUGAUUUUGUUUUUCUUUUAUAUAUAUUUCGGCUAAAAUGUUAGCUCGCAAGUUAUCUCUUUCCUCACACUUUGGUCUCUCUCAGCAAGUAAAAGAUCGUCUUGUUUCGAUGAAUAAAUCAAAACUUGUCACUGUAUGACUGAGCAUCUUUAUCUCAUCUGGUAAUAAAACACUGUUCAUAAGUA